ACUUUGAGGAGAUCCAAAUGGCGGCAGUCCAGGAUCUCAGUAACAUCUUGAAACAAGGCUACCUGGAGAAGAAACGACGAGGUACUAAGAUUAUGGAGUCAAAUAUGAUGGAAAUAUGUUAUGUUGAGUGCUCAUUCAAAGACUUGUUUUCAUUACGUUUUCCAUUUAGAUCACAGCUUCUUCAGCUUAGAAUGGCAAAGACGAUGGUGUGUCCUCAAUAACACAAUAUUCUACUACUUUGGGAGUGACAAAGGUUGGUUUGAAACCCUCACAUCACACUAAGGCAUACAAUUUAUUCAUGUACAGUUAUUUAUGCCUGGAACUCAUACAUGUGAACAUUUGGGUGAGGAGAUUGAGUUAACACUAUUCUUCCUUCAGACAAGCAGCAGAAGGGCUCCUUCUAUAUCAAAGGUUACAGUGCAGAGCUGGUGGCCAACCUACGUAAAGACUCCAAGAAAAAUGCCUGCUUUGAGAUGAGUGCCCCUGGCCGACGCUCCUUCCAGGUGGGUGUACAGUACAAUAACAAUACAAGGGUCUCCUCACAAUGGGAUUGAAUGACAGUGAUGUUUCAUAGCAUACCAGUCUUACCUAAUGAUCAUACUGUAUGAUGGUGACUAUCCUCCCCAGUUCACUGCUAGCAGCCCACGAGAAGCCAGGGAAUGGGUGGACCAGAUCAACUUUGUCCUGAAAGGUAUGUCAACAUAUUUCCAAAGCUAUUUCAAAGACACUGUAGUAGAAAAGGAUAUAGUGAUGAUUGUGUAUGUUUUCUUGUCAUCUGUUAGAUUGGUAUUGCCUCACUGACUUUUUGGCCUGAAAGGGCAGGAAAUAAACCAUUUAUAUCCAUUCCCAAAUAUAUCCAUCACCAAACUGACCAAUCAGAUGCCUUCCGAACCUCCUCAUCCACCACGUCACAAGGCAUUCAUGUCACGCAUGCCACACCCCCACCUCUCCCCCCUACCGAUUUCCCCCUUACGGGAAAUUGAUUGGUAGACGUUCUGGUUAUCCUCUAGCGGCAUUGAUUUUUGCCUGGCCAAUGCUGUAUCACAGAGGACCUGAUACCCUGUGUUGCAGUGCCCAGUCGCCAGCAAUCACAGCGCUGCUCCAUCUGAGAGAGGCAGGCUGCACCGGCUGCUCUAAAAUGGGCUGAUUUGCGGGAAGUAACAGACACCCCAUCAUUUGUCUUGUCCACUUUUACUACUAUACAAGACCCAGAUAUACAGGGAGUUGGAGACGAAGGUUUUGCUCUCUGUUGUUUGCUGUGGGUUUAUGCUGGAUGAAUUUGAGAUUUUUCACUUCCUUUCCCCCCUGGCUGGUCAUCAAAGGUGUCCACGAAUGUCCAUCAGAAUGACUAGAUAUUUCACAGAUGUUUAGAAAAUACUAUCAAAAUGGGGAAGGAAGUCAGUGGAUGCCAUCUACUACUCUGGGUCCAAUGGAUACUUAAGUGGUUGUGGCUCAGAGGGGUUGGGUUAAAUGCGGAAGACACGUUUCAGUUGAAUGCAUUCAGUUAUACAACUGACCAGGUAUCCCCCUUUACUUUCUCUUUACCUCAUGCUGUGCUCUAUACAGAGAGACUGCUCAUUAUUUUAUGCCGUGCCUUCCCGUCCCAUGCAGAUUUGAGUUCCAGCUUUAUCCCCUUUGAUGACGAUGAGGAAGAGGAGGAGGAGGAGACCUAUGAUGACAUUGAGGGGGUGACGGGGGUGGCCAGCCGUCCCCCUCGGCCCACCCCCGCACCCUUCCCGGUCCUGCCCCAGCAGGCCAAAGCCUCUCUCAGUAGCCACAAGGAAUGGAGGCCUAGCCAGGGGGGGGAAGAGGAAGAGGAUGAUAUCUACGAGGUCCUCCCAGGUAUGAGAACACACACACACACACAGACACACAUUCUCAUAACCUCUUGGAGGUGUAUCACUAUCACUGUAACUCGAAGACUAAUUACACAUUAUACAGUGAGGGAAAAAAGUAUUUGAUCCCCUGCUGAUUUUGUACGUUUGCCCACUGACAAAGAAAUGAUCAGUCUAUAAUUUUAAUGGUAGGUUUAUUUGAACAGUGAGAGACAGAAUAACAACAACAAAAAUCCAGAAAAAACGCAUGUCAAAAAUGUUAUAAAUUGAUUUGCAUUUUAAUGAGGGAAAUAAGUAUUUGACCCCCUCUCAAUCAGAAAGAUUUCUGGCUCCCAGGUGUCUUUUAUACAGGUAAUGAGCUGAGAUUAGGAGCACACUCUUAAAGGGAGUGCUCCUAAUCUCAGUUUGUUACCUGUAUAAAAUACAUCUGUCCACAGAAGCAAUCAAUCAAUCAGAUUCCAAACUCUCCACCAUGGCCAAGACCAAAGAGCUCUCCAAGGAUGUCAGGGACAAGAUUGUAGACCUACACAAGGCUAGAAUGGGCUACAAGACCAUCGCCAAGCAGCUUGGUGAGAAGGUGACAACAGUUGGUGCGAUUAUUUGCAACUGGAAGAAACACAAAAGAACUGUCAAUCUCCCUCGGCCUGGGGCUCCAUGCAAGAUCUCACCUCGUGGAGUUGCAAUGAUCAUGAGAACGGUGAGGAAUCAGCCCAGAACUACACAGGAGGAUCUUGUCAAUGAUCUCAAGGCAGCUGGGACCAUAGUCACCAAGAAAACAAUUGGUAACACACAAAGCCGUGAAGGACAGAAAUCCUGCAGCGCCCGCAAGGUCCCCCUGCUCAAGAAAGCACAUAUACAUGCCCGUCUGAAGUUUGCCAAUGAACAUCUGAAUGAUUCAGAGGAGAACUGGGUGAAAGUGUUGUGGUCAGAUGAGACCAAAAUGGAGCUCUUUGGCAUCAACUCAACUCACCGUGUUUGGAGGAGGAGGAAUGCUGCCUAUGACCCCAAGAACACCAUCCACACCGUCAAACAUGGUGGUGGAAACAUUAUGCUUUGGGGGUGUUUUUCUGCUAAGGGGACAGGACAACUUCACCGCAUCAAAGGGACGAUGGACGGGGCCAUGUACCGUCAAAUCUUGGGUGAGAACCUCCUUCCCUCAGCCAGGGCAUUGAAAAUGGGUCGUGGAUGGGUAUUCCAGCAUGACAAUGACCCAAAACACACAGCCAAGGCAACAAAGGAGUGGCUCAAGAAGAAGCACAUUAAGGUCCUGGAGUGGCCUAGCCAGUCUCCAGACCUUAAUCCCAUAGAAAAUCUGUGGAGGGAGCUGAAGGUUCGAGUUGCCAAACGUCAGCCUCGAAACCUUAAUGACUUGGAGAAGAUCUGCAAAGAGGAGUGGGACAAAAUCCCUCCUGAGAUGUGUGCAAACCUGGUGGCCAACUACAAGAAACGUCUGACCUCUGUGAUUGCCACCAAGUACUAAGUCAUGUUUUGCAGAGGGGUCAAAUACGUAUUUCCCUCAUUAAAAUGCAAAUCAAUUUAUAACAUUUUUGACAUGCGUUUUUCUGGAUUUUUUUGUUGUUAUUCUGUCUCUCACUGUUCAAAUAAACCUACCAUUAAAAUUAUAGACUGAUCCUUUCUUUGUCAGUGGGCAAACGUACAAAAUCAGCAGGGGAUCAAAUACUUUUUUCCCUCUCUGUAAAUCAUGUUAUCCUAAUAAGAGUGUCAGUGGUGUGACUGUGUUUACAGAGGAAAUACAGGACUGUCCCACGGGCAGGUGGGUGGCUAAAUGGGUCCUGAGAACGAGCAUAGGGGGUGACUUCUCCACGUCAUCAUCCAUUACUCCAUUUAAGAUACAUCAAGAUUCUGUUUCCCCUUUUCCGAAAUCAUUGGUUGGAGAGAAAUAUGUCUUGCCAACUGUCUUUUCACCAUAGAAAGCCAUCUGGGAUGGGUACAGAGUAGACCCUGACCACAGAUGGCGUAUCGAAUGACAGUCUCUUUCUUUCACUUUCUCACCCUAUCACCAAUAAAUCUCUCUCCCCUUCUUUGGUUGCGCCCAGAUUUUCUUAAAAGGCACUGGAGGGCCAAUGGAGGUAGUAGGAAGAAGGCGGGACCCACAUCUCCACAAUACAGAAAGUGCAUGAUUUUGUUUCAGGAAAGUUUUUGACAUUUCUCACCCCUUUUGUUUUCAUCCUGUUUUCCAGACGACGACUUUCCAGGAUCCAUUGAAGAGAUCAGUGAGAAGAGCACGAAACCAGGUCUGAAUCCCACUCACAGCAUUCACUGACCAGCAAAAUAGGAGAAAUGAUCUGUAUCAACUUUUCCUCUUACACAAAGUCCUCUUUGUCAGCAUUUGCCAGCUGUUUACGUUAAUACAAGAUAGAUGAGGGCAAGAAGUACAUGUGAUAUCAGCAAGCUGCUGUUCUAGAGAGGAGGUGUGUAGGUGUGUCUUUUAGAUAAAGAUAAUUAUUGAUAGGGGUAUUACUCACUAUUCAAAUUAUUCAAAGUGUUUUGAUAUUUAGACUUUCGGUUCAAGUGUAAUAUUUUAGGUAACAGCAUUUGUGUGUUUUUGCUCAGUGUGGUCCAUGGACUAUGCCAAUUACUACCAGGGCUUGUGGGACUGUGAGGCAGACGAGCCUGACGAGCUGGCCUUCCAAAGA